CAGAUGUCACUUCCUCUCCCAACAUGAUCUUCGGCAAAAAUGUGUACGGCUUCGGCCCGAACAAGACGGUCACAAUUUCGGGAGGUAGCAACGAUAGUACCGCGACUGGUGUCUUUGGAUGGCCCAACGUCAGCAUGAGCGACAUCCAGCCGGGCAAAUACAGCGUGCAGGCUUUCCUUACCAGAUACGAAACAGUCACUCGCAGUGAUGGUUCGAAAGUCAGUCUCCGAUUUCCGUGCGGUGAUGGGGGCUUGAAUGUCGACGGGUUCGGUAGCCUGAUAACCUCGAUGAUCGACAUUAACAUUACGGGCGGCUCGCAAUCUGUCGAUCUGGUCUUCAAUAACAUCACAGCCGUGGAAGCUUUCACCGGUAAAGAGAUAGGUGGUUGUAACCAGGGCAACUACGAGGAUACCGAACAUUUGAAGUACAUCAAGAUCCGAAGCAAGAAGCUCAGCAAGUUCUGGGGUCGCGACAUGUACGUCGGAGCCACCGUCGUUGUUCCUGCUGGCUACGAUGCGAACGAUACCCAGACGCGCUAUCCCGUCAUUUACAACCAAGGCCACUGGUCAGCCGAUAUUGGGGCCUACAACUACGGCGACGACCCAGAUUUCACAGCGACUUGGAACGCAGGUGUCAUUGCAGCGACCAACAAGACGGCAGAGCGACCAGUGCCAAAGUUCAUUCUCGUCACCUUUCGUCAUGAAGCACCUUACUAUGACGACUCAUACGCGGUCAACACAGCAAAUCUCGGACCUUACGGGGAUGCCGUCAACGAAGAAUUGAUACCGCACAUUGAAGACAUCUUCCACACCAUUCAAGCUCCGUAUGCACGCGUUCAAGACGGUGGUAGCACCGGGGGCUGGGAGAGUAUCGCAAAUGUCAUCUAUCGACCCGACCUCUUCGGUGUCUGCUUCUCGUCAUACCCAGACUCACUCGAUUUCCAUCGUCACCAGGACAUUGAACUGUACACAGCCAAGAAUGCAUACCAGCGCGCAGAUGGCAGCGACGUACCUAGCAUCCGGGAAUUUGUGAAUGGAAUCCAAAAGGUGCUCGCCACCACGGCUCAAGAGAAUCACUGGGAACUUACCUUUGGCACGGCAUCGCGUUCGUUCAACCAGUGGGACGUCUGGAACGCCGUGUUCGGUGUCCAGGGAUACAACGGCUAUCCCCUCGAGCCGUGGGACAAAGUCACAGGCGAGAUCUACCCAGAAGCUGUACAGUACUGGAAGCCAUUCGAUCUGAGCGACUACGUCGUGACAAACUUCAACUCGACCCGCAACCUCGGCGCCGCACUUGCUGGACGCAUCUUCAUCUAUGUUGGUACUUGGGACACCUACUUUCUAAACGAGGGUGUAAUGGAGUUUCAAAAACGCACUGACGCCGCCGGUGGGCCGGGAUGGGCAAACGUCACUAUUAUUCCAGAGAAAAUCCACGGUGGUAACUUUCGGCUUCUGAACAUCUGGGACUAUCUUGAUUUGGUGGAGCAGUGGGUCAAAGAUCAUGCGCCGGACGGUCCGAAGCCACUUUCGCCAUCUUCUGUCGCCCCAGUCACACGUGGUAACAAAUGGGAAGAGGUCAUCUCAUACGGUGGGCAUGAAGCGGCUGUGAAGCGUCAAGCAGACCCUGAGAUUAAGGGCAAUAAAGCAAAAGUUGGCCAAAACGUCACUGCCAGCGUUGGCCGAUGGGAUCCGGGUGUGAAGCUAACGGCGCAGUGGAUCCUCAACAGUAAGCCCGCUGGCCAGCCAUUCAGCGCAGAACAAGGUGGCAGUAUUAUGUACGCACCCACGGCAAAGGGCCACGUGCAGCUUCUCGUCACUGGCGAGAAGCGUAACUACGUUACGGAGACGAGGAAGAGUCAGAGUGUGCUUGUCGAAAGGUAAGUGACUCGGUCUUCGGUACUUUGCGGUUGUGAUUAUGUGCCAAUUCUAUAACGUGUUUUAUAAGCGAGUCGUCAAUACAAGCGAGUCGUCAG